AUGGCCGAUACGCGUGUGGUUCCCAGUGGAAAAGUUUACAGGCAAAUGUUUGACGCCCAGGUUCAGUUGUCUCUGGCUCUUUAUGACUCUCGGAGGAAGCGUGUGUCAGAUGAGAGUGUGUAUUUGCUCCGUGGAGAAGCUGCAGACUCUGCAUCACAGCAGCUGAACGGAGCCAUCAACAUCUCCACACGGAACCAGCUAUUUUCGAGCACUAGACGUGCAAAGAGAAAUGAGGACCAGGAUGAUUAUGAGGAGAUUUGGGGUCUACCAGACAGUGUUGUUCCAGAGAAAAACAACUCGGACAUCAUUAAUCGCCUUACGGAGAAAAGGGGAAGGGAUCAUAAUGAAGCUGUUUCUCUGUUGCAAAGAGACCUCUCCAGCCUCAGUGUGGAUUUUGAACCGUUGUUUAGACAGACAGGAGAGGAUAUCCUGCUCAGAUUGUCAGAGAAUGAUGACAGUAUUGAUAGACUUAUGCAGAGAAUUGAAUAUGUCUCAGAUUUGACCACACACAGCUAUCAGGACAUGCAUGAGAUCUGGGAUCAAGUCUACCAUGAAUCCACCUUGAAGAGAAAAUGGAUAAAAGAGCUAGAUGAGAUAUAUGCCAAAUAUGAAUCUGAGAGAAAAGCAAUGAUUUCAGCAUUACUGAGAAAGUACACCACAAAACUAGAGAAAAUCAGUCAUUUGAUGCCAUGUGAUGUCCACAGACUGAUUGAUAAUGAAGCCAUGAUGAUAAACCAAGCUCUGUUGGCAAAUCGGCGUGCUUUGGCCAAACUGUGUUUGAAUUUGAUGGAGAAACAUUUGCAGACGGAAGUUUCCCAAAGGUUGAGAUGGGAGGAUAAGCUUCAGGACUGGAAAAGAAUAAAACUUCUUGAUGCAGUCAACCGUUUUAAAGACUUUAUGAACAGCCCAUGUAUCCAAAACCCUAAAAACGUUCAAGAUACUCUGAACACACUGAAAUCAGAUCAGAAAACACUUAGUGAGCAACGCAUCCAACUACUAGAGACUCUUAGAGACUUGACACCUCCAAGAAUCUCAAAGUCAUCUGUUGCAGAGUGGUAUUCAUCUCUUUCUGUCAUCAAUGAGCAAAUAGAUAGUAUUUAUGUCAAUACAAUGCCAAAACUGCACAAAAACUAUGAAGAUAACUGGCAGGACUGUUUAGCAGAGGUUGAGCACUUCAAGACAGAAAUUUCCACAUACGGAUUCACCUCAGACGAGAUAAAGAAUAUUGUCAACAUGGAGAUAUUACCUCUCAUUGGCCAGUGCCAGUUACGUACAGAGGACUAUUUGGCAAAAGUUGAUAAAGCUUUUGAGAGUUUGGCCAAAACUGCAACUCAUGAGAGCAAAUGCUUAUUCAAGUUUUUCCACGGGGCAGCUCAAGUAUGGGAGAACCACUGUGCAGGUCUGCUGAACCGAGAACAGCAGCUACAGCGUUUACUAGAGGCCAUUAGCGAAGUCCACGACCAAGAGAACCAGAGCAAAGAGGCCCAGCUGGAUAUGAUGAUGGACAAACUCAGACAGGAAAGCUCAGAGGAAGCUCUGAAAGCCUCUUUAGAGAAGAUACUAACCUAUUUGGAAGAGUUUGAGAAUGGGUAUUUGAACAUCUAUAAGGAGGAAGUUGAAACUGUGGAGAGUUACCCUUCUACACUCCUGCAGGAAUUACAAGCUUACAGCCUUUCUGUUAGCCAAUUUUUUAAUGUCAAAGAGGUUUAUGGACAGCACUCUGGGGAAUUUUGCACUCUUUAUCCUUCCCUCAAACUUGGUGAGAUCAGAGGUCAAAGCAUGACAGCCAUUAAGUACGAAAGAUUGAGGAAAGAAAUUGAGAUGAAACAUAGAGAUGUUCAAAAGGCACAUUUCAACAAUCUAGAAAGCUCAACAUUCGCCUCAUCCUGUACAAUGGGAGACCAAGAUUGCAAACCUCAAGUGUUUUCAGACAGUCAAACCAAAGAGACUCUCACUACUGCAAAAGGAAAUGUGUACAACUGCAAUGGCUUUCAUACUACAUGUGAUGAGGAUCAGGAGAUGAGUCUUGUGGAAAUGGAACUGGUAUUGUACCCAAAGGCUCUCGUUGUUGAAUUGCUAAAGGAUGUGAGACAAAGAUUUUUCAACCAUCUGGAAGAGAGAUUUCAUGUAAUUCUAACCAACACUAUGACAGUUACGGAGGCAGAGAAGGAAAGACUAAAAGCUGAGCUGGAUCUUCGUAUCCAGCUUCACCAGUCUCGUGCCAAAAGAAUUGAAAUGGAUGUUCACAAUGUCAGAGCAGCUGAACUGGAGCUUCAUCGGGAUCGUGUGGAUCUACACUGCAAGGGUAUACAGGAUGUCCUGGGAGAUUGCCGGACAGACUUUCAAGAGUUGCAGAUCCAACAAAAUAAGCUGAUUGAAGACUUUCAAAAGCAAAUCUACAGUACAGAAGAUACUUUAACCCUUGCCACUAAAUCUGAAACGAUAGUUAAACUGUGUGCCUCACUGCAAGCCAACCUGGACAAGCACACCAGUGUCAUCCAGGCAUUACAGAGAGACUUAAGACAAAAGAUGGAGUUCAAAAUGGAGAGCCUGAGGGAAGCAAAUGCUCAGACAAUGAGAUCUUUCAAAUUGUUUUCUGAGGGGGGGAAUUUUACACCCCAAGAAAUUGAGGUCUUUCAGUCACAUCUGGAAAAAAUGGACAAGCGCAUUGAUUCUGCAGAGGGGGCCUUAAUACAGGACAUGGAAGGAAGAGAAUCAAAGUGUCUGGAGCAGACUAAGGAUACACUCAGGAAGUUUGAGGAAAAAUGUCAUUUUCUCACCACUGACCUGAAAUUUAUUGAAAAAAUGCAACAAAUCUUUUCCAACACACGAGUUCAGAUCAAAGCAGAGGCUUUGAAGAGUAACAUGCAGAAAAAGAAGAUUGAUAGCAUGUUGAGUAAUUUAGAGGAAGUGAUUGCUGAGUAUGGCAAACCCAGUUUUGACAAGAAGAUUGUAACCAUAGAUGAGAUAACCAGUUUAACAACUUCUCUGAUGGAGGAACUAAAGAAGAGGUGUCAGUAUCUUGACUGCUUUCUGGACACCUCUAUGGCUCACCCCUCGCCACAAGUUCCACUUCAGGGGGCUUUUGCGGUUGCAGCUCGCCCCAGAUCCCGUAAACAGCAUAAAACAGGCAGUCCAGAUAGAGAUGGCCUGCUCCAGCCUAGCCGCAUUGGGGUGUCCUUCCUGGAUGAUGCGGCAGUAGGGGUUAUCAAAGGUUUACUCAAGAUAGGCAAACCUCAAGACUUUGGGGAAAUACACUUUGACUUAAGAGAGAGACAUUCUGCUGCAACAGCAAAGUUCAACUCUCCUGCUGGAUCAGCUCAGAGGUCAGGAAAGAGCCCCAGUCAGUCUGGAAUGGAAAUUCUGCACAGAAAGUCAGUGGAGUCAAUAAGUGUAAGGAGGUUAACCAAACCAAACCGUUUCGAUAAGAGGUUCCAGGCUUUUGGCUCGAAACCCGAAGAGCAGCAUGACAAUGUUCCCUUCAAAGCCUCAAUCACCAGUGUUCUGUGGAAAGCCAAUGAUAUUCUCCUCUUUGUGGCUGAGGAGUUCUAUAAGAGGAAAGAGCGCCGCCCUAUCGUUCGUCCUCAGCAACUGCAGGAAACAUUUGAACAGUGUGCAGAGGAGAUAAACAAAAGGCUUCUCAUCUAUCAAAGCCAGUCACAUGAUUACCACAACAACUGCCUGCAAGAAUUCCAGCUGCAAUUGAAGGCCAUUGAGGAGUUUCUAUCCACCAUUGGGGAGAUACUUCUCUCUAAACUAAGGGAUCAAUAUCUCGAGGACCUGACGCAAAGCAAGAUGCAAAUUCAACACCGGUUUGAACUAGUUCAGCAACAGUGUGAACAACAGAGGAAAGAGCACAGUAAUCAGUUGAAAGUGCGUCUGAGCCACCCAGCCUGUGAGAGAGAACUUGAGCAGCUGAUGUUGGCUGAGGAUGAGAGACAGAAAAAGCAAAGACAAUCUAUCCACAAUACCAGACAGGAAGUUCAGGUCUCUGUCCACAAAAACGCAGAAGAAUUUGUCACUGCUCUUGCCAGGUUGGCUGAGGCCUUGCUCUUCCAGUUAGACAACCUUAUCACUAUCCAUGAGGUUCAAGCGGGGCAAGCUGAACAAAAGAGGGAGAAUAUUACUACACUCAUCCGCCAGAAACAAGCAGACUUUUUGCAGGAAGAAGAGAAGCGCAAUACUCUAAUACAGAGAAAUGGCAGAACAUGGUCAGGCAUUUGUUACUUUGGAUCCACUGAUGAACGGUCUUUUAAUAAACAAUCACGAGAAACGGCCAUCAUCACAACUGCUAAAACCACACUAGGACACAUUAGGACAAUUGAGGUGCGAGAUGCAGUGCAUGAGCACUAUGGCCAGAGGGUCCAGGAGGAGCUGGAGAGAGCAGACCGAGAGUGUAAAGCUCAGGAGAAACAACUGCAGCAGUGGCACGAUCACUGGCAGAACCAGCUGAAAACUCUUGCUUCACUCAGCUCUGAGUGACACUUACAAACAGUGACAUUCUGGACAGCAACUUGAGGCAUCAAACAUCCUUAAGGGAAAAGGGACACUAUGAGGUGUCAAUGGAUCAUAUGUGAACAGCUGAAUCACUGAACAGGUUUCCCUGUGGUCAUCGCAGUCAAAAAGACCAAUUGGAACAAUUACAUACUUAACUUGAAUAACAAAGUGUAUUCUAUACUCUUCAGGUUUCAUUGAUUAGUGUUGUGCAUGGAUUAAUACUAAAAAAAAAAAUUGCAAAUUCAUUCAACGUAAGUUAUUAGUGUAACAAGUCCCUAAAACAAUAAUACAAUAAAACUGUCAUAGAAACAGCAUAACAUGUAAACAUAAGAGCAUGAUAAAUUGAGCACUAAAAUAGUGAUUAACAGUCCCUUUGGGU